AUGUGGAAGCUGGACACCCUUGGAAUCACUGACCUUGUCGACGGGAAAACUCAGAGUCACCCAGCGCAACAACAGUUCGAAGAUUAUGUCACGUUUCAGGGAGACCGGUACCAGGUACCACUCCUCAUCAAGCCCUCUUGCUGUGGAGUCUUAGCUGAUAAUCGCAGCAUCGCGCAGACGAGACUACUCUCGCAGCUUCGGCGUCUUCGAGACCAUCCGGAUCUCCUAAAAGAGUACCACGACACGAUUUCCGAAUAUUUCCUCGAAGGCCACGCAGAGAAGGCCCCGGAGGUACCUCAGGAGAACCUCUACUAUCUUCCUCACCAUGCUGUAAUCCGGAAGGAAGCAGUGACAACAAAGGUUCGCGUGGUAUUCGACGCUUCGUCACACGUCAGCGGUGCCCCAUCGUUAAACCAAGUACUGCAGAAGGGGCCCAACAUCAACGCAGACUUACUGCUUCAGUUGGUGUCCUUCCGUUGUUAUCCUAUCAUUCUCACCGUGGAUAUCCGGAAAGCGUACCUGCAGAUCUUAAUUCGUCCCGAAGACCGCGACGCAUUGCGUUUUCUGUGGCCAGAGGACCUUCCAUGUCCAGGAAACCCAUGCCCCCAGAUCCAGGAAUGGAGAAUGACGCGUGUCCCCUUUGGAGCCGCAUCUAGUCCGUUUCUCCUAGCCGCCACACUCCGUCACCACUUCGAUAGUGUGCAACAUAAGUACCCAGCGGCUACAGAGCGCCUUCGACACGCUUUCUACAUGGACGACCUCAUCGUAGGAGCCACAUCAGAAGAAGACGCGCUUCAGAUUUAUCGUGAGGCAGUCACGAUGCUGCAAGAAGCUGGCAUGGACCUCCGCAAGUGGUGUUCCAACUCGCCGACCCUCAGCCGUCAAUUCUGCCAAGACGGCAUCGCGUACGAUACAGUGAGCAGUCAGGAGACGGUGAAGGUCCUCGGGUUGCACUGGCAUCGUCCCACCGACGAAGUUACUUUCACUAUGAAUGGCAUCUCGUCCUAUCUCGCCAACCAGCCCAUCACGAAGCGCACCAUUCUUCACGGCGUGGCACGGAUAUUCGAUCCACUCGGAUAUCUCUCACCGUUCACAAUACGAGCCCGCUUAGUCUUCCAGUCGUUAUGGGCACGCGAUCAAGGAUGGGAUGAUGCAUUGCAAGCUCCGCACCUCAUGCAGUGGGCGGACUGGUGUUCCGAGCUACCGCACUUAAACUCGAUACGUCUGCCGCGCCUUCUGCCUUCGUCGUCGACUUCAUCGGACGGCAACGACGAGAUCCACGUGUUCGCUGACGCCAGCCCCCGCGCGUAUGGAGCUGCAAUCUAUCUACGCACGUUCGAUCCGCAGGAACAGUGGACCGCAUCCCUUCUCCUUGCCAAGGCACGUGUAGCACCGGUCAAGAGUGUCUCUCUUCCGCGCCUGGAACUCCUCGCGUGCCUCAUCGCUGCGCGGCUGGCUGCGCAUGCACGAAAGAUGCCACUACCCUCUCCGCUGCGUACGGAGUUCUGGACAGACUCCACCGUCGCACUCCACUGGAUCACAAGCGCACAGUCCCGGACACCCGUCUUCGUUCAGAACCGUGUGAACGAAAUUCGCCAGUUGACAACAGACUCCGCAUGGCACCAUUGUAAGAGCCGGGACAACCCAGCAGAUCUUCUAACUCGCGGGAUUUCUGCUCAUCGCCUACGGAACGAGUCUCUCUGGUGGCAUGGAGCUCCAUGGUUUUCUCAGCCCCGCGAUAACUGGCAUUCCGAGUGGUCCGAUCAUCCUCCGUCGCCACCACCGAGCACUGAGGACGCUCCUCUACCAUCAAUGUGCAACGCUGCGUCAGCAGUACGUCCUCCGCCUGUGUUCAGCUUAGAUCGUUACGGCACUCUCAGCCAAAUGCUUCGAGUCACUGCAUGGGUUGCCAGGUUCAUCAAGAACGCCCAUCCCAGAAAAUCACACAACCGCGGCCCGUUAACUGCAUCCGAGAUCGCCGAAGCGGAGCUAUACUGGAUUCGGCAAGUCCAAGAGGAAGUCUUUCACGAAACCCUCGCACUUCUUCGUCGUGCCGAUCCACUGCCCCGCUCCUCACGACUCGCGACACUGCGGCCUUUCCUGGACAGCGACCAGAUCCUGCGUGUCGGGGGUCGACUAGCUGAGCUUCUUGACUCAGACAGCUUGAAACAUCCUAUCAUCUUACCAAACACGUGA